GUUACAACCAUUCUGGCGUAGAAUCCGGUUCCAGACAAACACACACUCCCACAUCCAAAUCCAAAUAGAAAACACAAACACACUCUCACUUUUUCUCAUUCACACCGACACACGCAUUCCCCCCAUACGCCGUCGUUUUCCAAAGCUUCGCGCCUUCAAAUCCAAUCCACAUUCCCAUCAAUCAGCACUGGAGUCGCUCCAAGUGCUGAAGCCUCCCUCCCCCUCCGCCGCCGGCCAGAUUCGCUUCCGCUCCCCUUCCUCCGCCGAACUCCUCGCCACCGCCGAGCUGGAUCUCGAAACCACCAAAAUGCUGAAACGCUCCGGCCGGCCCCCGCCGCCGACGCCGGAGUCGCUCACCGACAAGAUCUACCACCUCCGGGGUGCGUUUCUGAUGGUGGCGGUGCCGCUCCUCCUCGUCACGCUCGUGCUCUACGCCAUGCCUUCCGCCUCCUCCAGCGAGUCCGUGGAGGACUACGCCCUCACGCACCGCAAGGUCGGCAACGAACGAUCCACCUCCUUCGCCGUCAUCUUCGACGCCGGCAGCUCCGGUAGCCGCGUCCACGUCUUCCGCUUCGAUCGGAACUUGGAUCUCGUCCACAUCGGGAAGGACCUCGAGCUUUUCGUUCAGAUUAAACCUGGUUUGAGUGCUUAUGCUCAGAAUCCACGACAGGCAGCUGAAUCUUUGAUUUCUCUAUUGGAUAAAGCAGAGAGUGUUGUUCCUCGGGAAUUUCGGCCAAAGACACCCGUUAGAGUUGGGGCAACUGCAGGUUUGAGGGCUUUGGAAGGAGAUGCUUCUGGCAGGAUAUUGCAAGCGGUCCGGGAUUUGCUUAAGCAAAGAAGCACUCUAAAAUCUGAGCCUGAUGCGGUAACAGUGCUGGAUGGAACACAAGAAGGUGCUUUUCAAUGGGUGACUAUUAAUUAUCUACUGGGAAAAUUGGGAAAAGAUUUUUCAGAGACUGUUGGGGUAGUUGAUCUUGGAGGUGGAUCUGUUCAGAUGGCAUAUGCCAUCUCAGAGACAGAUGCUGCCAAGGCUCCAAAAUUAUCAGUUGGAGAGGACCCAUAUGUCAAGGAGAUGUUCCUAAGGGGAAGAAAAUAUUACCUCUAUGUUCACAGUUACUUGGGCUAUGGUUUACUAGCAGCUCGUGCAAAGAUUUUAGAGGUUUCGGAUGAUUCUGGAAACCCUUGCAUCUUAAAUGGCUUUAAUGGAUCUUACAUUUAUGGAGGAAAAUCGGUCAAGGCUUCAUCCGCCCCUUCUGGUGCAAGCUUGAAUGAAUGCAAAAACAUAGCUUUCCAGGCUCUCAAAGUUAAUGAGUCAAAAUGUACACAUAUGAAGUGCACUUUUGGUGGGAUAUGGAAUGGUGGGGGGGGUGAUGGACAGAAAAACCUUUUUGUUGCCUCAUUUUUCUUUGACCGGGCAGCUGAGGCUGGUUUUGCCAAUCCAAAUUUACCCGUUGUGAAGGUUCGUCCCGUGGAUUUUGAGGCUGCAGCUAAGCAAGCUUGUAAAACAAAACUUGAAGAUGCCAAAUCCACUUAUCAACGUGUUGAGGAAGGGAACCUUCCAUAUUUAUGCAUGGAUCUCUUAUACCAGUAUACAUUGCUUGUUGUUGGAUUUGGCCUAGAUCCAUGGCAACAGAUUACAUUAGUGAAGAAAGUUAAAUAUCACGAUGCUUUUGUUGAAGCUGCAUGGCCCCUAGGCAGCGCCAUAGAAGCUGUAUCAUCUACAUAAUGACAGACACCAGUAAUGAUAAUUACCCACCUGAAAUCUUCUGGGAUGAGUUUUAUCACAAGUUCUUUUGAGGUGAAGUUGCCUCCAUUCAUAAAAUGAUCAGAAAUUGCUAUCAGGUCAAAUUGGAAUUAAAUAUGGGGAUACAUUUCAAGAAUAACAAGAAGACAGAUUCUUUAUUUUCAUUUGUAAUUAUUUUACAAAAGUAUCUGAUUUACAGCUUUGGAAGACUGAUUCAAUUCAUUUUGUUCAUCUAUUUUUUGUAGUCUUUAGAGAUGAUGGACAUAAGGGUGACGGGGGGGUAGUAUUUUUUUUUUUUUUUUUUGUUGAUUCCUGAUAAUAGUUAAUUGAGCAAAUUACAGAAAUUUCCCAAA